GUUGAGAAAAGAAAAAUGUAGGCUACUUCCCAUCUGCACUGCUGUACCUGGAGGAUAAAACAAACUGAACUGCAAAAACACCGUUUUCACCUGCCCUGUGUUUCUGCUCAUCAACCUUCAGAAAAGAGAAGUGAUCAAAUUGUAGGCCGUGCCCCCUUCUCUCUUUUUUUGCUGUACUGUGCCAUUGCAUGUGAGAUAGGGGGCGACAUGGCAGUUUCAUCAGUCCUGACGCAGCUUCAGACGACUCUUGUCAGCCUGUCGAAGGAGACAGACAGAAAACACGCGAUUAUUUACAAAGGAAUAUUCAGGUGCAGUUUUGCGGUUGCCGUUUGACUUGUCUCCAGGUAUAAAGAGCAACGGCGCAUUUCUAAUGCGGAGCGGUUGCACUUGUGCAAGACUGCUUCAGCGCAUCCCUUCGUGAAUGUGACGGCAUGUGUGUGUGAGAGAGAAGAGUGAAUAGUGUGCCUAGGCGUGACAGCAAUGCAUGUCUCUGAGCAGUAGCAUUCACGCCGUGUGUGUGUGUGUGUGUUGAGUGUGUGUGUGCUUGUGCGCGUUAUGUCAGGAGACACCAGCACCCUGUACUGGAGGAGCAUGUCUUCCAACAGCCGAUCAGACUCCUCGGAUGUUUCUCCCACGACAACUGUUGCCAGGGACAGCAUCUUCCCGGUGAAGAUCAUCAAAGUGUGUUUCCUCAGCAACAGUUCCAACCUGGGCAAGAACUUCAAACUGGUCCGGUGUGAGGAGGGCUGGACUGUCAAGGAUGUCAUUCAUGUGGUGCUGUCCAGUGGCUGCGUGGGUCCAGAGGUCAAACACAGCCUCAGUUACGGCCUCCUCCUCAAACACCUCAAGUCCUCAGAGAUGCACUGGCUGCACCCGGACCUGACGGUGUCCGAGCUCACCCAGCGCUACGAACAGCAACACCUGGAGGCGGAGUGGAGAUAUGACCUGAGGCUCAGAUACAUCCCAUCAGACUUCAUGGAGAAAUUCCAAGAUGACAGAACCACUAUGCUCUACUUUUACCAACAGGUACGAAGUGACUACAUGCAGCAGUAUGCCUCAAAAGUCAGCGAUGGGAUGGCUCUACAGCUUGGUUGUCUGGAGAUUAGGAGAUUCUACAAAGACAUGAAUCCAAACGGUCUGGAGAAAAAGUCCAACGUUGAACUAUUAGAGAAGGACGUGGGCCUGGACCUGUUCUUUCCCAGAGAGCUGAUAGACAGCAUGAAGCCCAAGCAGUUGCGUCGGCUGAUCCAGCAGACGUUUCAGGGCUACUCGACUCUGAAGCAGGAGCAGUGUGUGGCCAAGUUCUUCACCACUCUGGCUCAGUGCUACAGCUUCACCGAGGAGAGCUUCGCCUGCCAGCUGCUGCAUGGCUGGGGCAUAUCGAUAGACCUGGUCGUUGGCCCUGAAGGCAUCAGUCAACAAACGGAGAACUCAACACCCGUCUGUCUGGCCGCGUUCUCCCAGGUGCGCAGCAUCUCCUGCACUGCAGGCAGCGAAGGUCGGGCCCUGCUCUCUGUGCACAUGGAAGGAGCCGUGGAGCCGCUGUCAGUGCACACCACCUCCCUGUCUGUGGCGGAGAACAUGGCCGACCUGAUCGACGGCUACUGUCGUCUGGAAAGCAGCUCUGAGAGCUCGCUCAUUGUCAGACCCAGCAAAGGGAGAAACACAAGACAGAAACUCCCUGACAUCCCAAAACAUGGUGCUUCCGGUGUUCCUGAUCGAGACUCUGAUAUUUAUGCUGAGAUUUCAGAAAGCGGAGCAGACUCUGGUGACAAACACCGGAUAUGCAGAGAUGACAUUGUUGUGGGUCAGAUCCUGGGUGAGGGAUUCUUCGGAGAGGUUCACGACGGAGUUUAUAAAAGCCCCACUGGGGAGAGGAUCCGCGUGGCCGUCAAAACAUGCAAGGACUGUUCAGCGGAUGUAAAGGAGAAGUUUCUCAGCGAAGCUGGCUUGAUGAAAAAUCUGGAUCAUCCCCACAUUGUGCGUCUCGUUGGAGUCAUUGAGGUCGAUCCUGUCUGGAUCGUCAUGGAGCUCUAUGAACAUGGAGAACUGGGCCACUACCUCGUGGAGAAGCAGAACAUCCUGACCAGGCCAACGUUAAUCCUGUACUGUCUGCAGCUCUGCAAAGCCUUGGCCUACCUGGACGGCCUCAACAUGGUGCACAGAGAUAUAGCGGUGAGAAAUGUCCUGGUGAAGUCGCCUGACUGCGUCAAGCUGGGUGACUUUGGCCUGUCUCGCUACAUUGAUGAGCAUGAGUAUUAUAAAGCCUCCAUCAGUCGGUUGCCAAUCAAAUGGAUGGCCCCUGAAUCCAUCAACUUCCGACGCUUCACCACAGCCAGUGAUGUCUGGAUGUUUGGUGUUUGUGUGUGGGAGAUAUUCUCCACGGCCCAGCAGCCGUUCUCCUGGCUGGAGAACGGGCAGGUGAUCAUUCAGCUGGAGUCUGGAGUUCGACUCCCCAAGCCGCACUUCUGUCCGCCCACCGUCUACUCGCUGCUCACCCGCUGCUGGGCCUACGAGCCGCACGCCCGGCCCGGCUUCAGCCAGCUCGUCGGCUCCCUCAGUGAGAUCCACAGGAUGGAGUCGGAGCAGGAACUGAAGGCAGACAGGUCACACCCCGUCCCAUCAGUGUUUAACUCCAGCCACACAGACCCUCCACCCAAGCCAUCCAGACUCCAAGGCAACACCCUUCCUCAAGUCCCGCGCACACAGUCAGCAGAGACAGAUACCAUGCGAGCGUGGGAGAAAGAGCAAGCGCAAGUGGAGAACACUUUACAGAGACAAAGAAAAGAGAUGCUCAUGGAUGGACAGUGGCUGGAGCAGGAGGAAAGACAACUGGAUCCUGUUGCGCGACUGGAUUCACAAAUCACGCCUGCUGAAAAAAGCCCAGAAAAUGGUCCUCCAGAGAAGCCCCCGAUGCCUCCUUCAGUCACACAGCCUCGGCCCACAGCUGAGCUGGAACGGUCGGGCGACCAGGUUUACACCGGCGUCAUGGUGAUGGUGAAGCAGGUGGUUCAGCUGAAGAAUGACGUCGGCACGCUGCCUGCCUCCGAGUACCCCAGCGCUGUCAGGGCGGUGGGUGUGACUCUCCGUGGCCUGAUCCAAAGUGUUGAUGAGAUCCUGCCCUCCCUACACUGCUCUGUCACCACAGAGAUCGAGGGCACUAAGAAACUGCUGAACAAGGACUUGGGGGAGCUGAUCAGUAAGAUGCGGCUCGCCCAGCAGAACUCCAUCACAUCCCUGAAGGAGGAGUGCCAGCGGCAGAUGUUGGCGGCCGCUCACACCCUCGCGCUCGACUCCAAAAACCUGCUGGACGCCGUGGACCAGGCUCGGGUCCGGGCCGACCUGGCCAAGCCCGGGGUGGACUCGCGGGAGGCGGAAGAUUCAGGGGAGUGAGGAGAGCGCACAAAAGUAGGACUGGAAUUUUGAAAGAAGGACAUGGCGUUUCAUACAUGAGCUCAGCUCGUACGAGAGGGUGCAACACUUCCUGUGGUCAUGCUGAGUUAAAUGAAAUCAUAAUAUAUUUGUGUUUCCUCCUCAAGAAGAGCAAUCAUGGUUGGAUACAUGUGAACAAAAUCAAUCUACGACGUUGUAUAAAAGCAAAAACCGUUGGUACUUUUUAUUCUUUCCUUUUUUUUGACUAUUAAACACAGUGACAUGCUGCA